AUGAAGGGCAAUAUUGGAGCCUUUGCGCUGCUCAGCGGUAUUGUGAGUGGUGCUGCUGCUGUUGAUGCGAGAGACGUCCAAUAUGCGGAGCAAGACCCUGAGACGUGGUGCAUUACCUACCUUUCCACAUACCUUGUCCCAGUAUCAAUUGCGACAAAUCUCCCGCGCCCUGCCGAAAACACCACAGAUGUUCAGUUGAUAUCGACCUCAACUGCCCAAGAUCCAGACCUCACGUCCUCGGUUGCGUCUAGUGCUUCCGCUUCGACCACUCUUGGGCCAAUCGGCGAGCGGAUUAUCCUUCUUGUCAGCCCUUCCAGCGGUAACACAAAGCGCGAUAUUGGUGGUUUUGUUGGCGAUGGCAAUCCCGAUAUCUGCACGUUUGCUACUGUCUUCACUCUUGGCAAUGGUCGACUUGCCGAGGAUGGUGUUCCCGUGUCAUACCUCGGUGAUGGCUACCAGAAACUUGAGGCCUCAUCGUCAUCCAGUGAUAAUGCAAUCUCGACAACUUUCAGCACUGAGGGAGGUUUACUGCGCUUCCAAAACCCCUCACUGCCUGACGGCGGAGCUUCAUUCUGUCAGACCCCUUCUGAUGGGCAGGUUUACAUGACUUUCGGAUCCGAGCCAUCUGGCUGCUUACCAGUGUCUCUGAACGUGUACAGAGCCGAACAAUGUAUUGACGGAAGACUCGAUGGCCUCGACCCUACAACAACAUCCACCAAGACUGACGAGUCCAUUUCAACACAUUCUGUUGGAACCCAUUCCACUGAAGCGCUUUCCACCGAAAAAGCAUCUUCUGAGACCAUGACAACAAUUUCCACGGAGGAGGCUUCUGCUGAGACUUCUGCUAUCGAGUCUUCAAUCGCCUCAACAUUUUCUACCAAAGGACCUGGAGUGUCCACAGCUGCUAUCAGCCAAGAAACGGAGACACCCAGUGGCUCUUUGACCGAGGAACCGACUGCAACACAAUCUCAAGGCAACAUCGUGAUCACAAAUGCCGUUUCCAACGGUCGAUUCUCAAUCAAAGACCCAGACUCAGAAAGCGGUAUCUUUGGCUUCGAUGCUGAAGGUGAGGCCAAGCAACAAAACGGCGACUGUUACAAGGGAGAUGGCAGCUCAGAUAACGGCUGCGUUGCCUUGGGCUCUUCUUCCGACUCAAAGAAGAGAGCUUUUGGAGGACUUGCAAGCAUCUCACAGUUUCUUACGAACCUUGCUCCAAGUAGAAAUGUUCUCUAUACUGUCCAGUUCUAUUACGCCGUCAUCACCGCUGGAGGCAACCAGGCGUGCAGCGUCAAUGCCUACCUUGGCAAUACCCAGUUAUACACCAUGGGUCUUUUCACCAGUGGUGGCAUUAGUGUCUCAUGGAACAGAGUCCUCACUACUGUCAUGGCCGACUCUCGAAGUGCCAGCUUUGGCAUCUCCAUGUCUUGCACAGGCAACGGGCUGGCACUGAUCUACGUCGACUCGGUCUUCAUCUCCAAUCAGGUGACGCCUGAUAACAUCGAUCAGUUCCAGCUGGACUUUGGAGAUAGCGACACGCCUGAGACUACCAGCAGACUCCCAUCCGCUCCAACUAGUGAGCCGGCCAAUCAAGUAACAUCUAUUGAGCCAGCAACCACUACAACAGACUCCCCUCCCGCUACCACGACAGGCUACGCCAGACCCGAGAUUCCUUCUCAAGAGGUCUGCCCCGAUGGUUACAAGCCUCCCGGCUUUUGCGGACAGAAGUGGCCAAAGCCCUCAGAACCAUUCUGCGAGUACCGUUCACAACCCAAUGCUGAUAUCGUAGCAUAUCCACUCUCCCAAUAUCCUAUGCAAGGCAUGGAUAUACAGAAGUGCGCGUUAACUUGUGCUUACAUCGAGGGAUGCUUCGCAUUCGCUGUAAACAACAACCCGAGAUACCCUUGCAAUUUCAUCCUUGAGCCAUUGAGGCUUCAAGGUUGGAUUACCGGAGAUCCAAAUCGUGUUCUGGAAUGGUCUGAGUUAGCUUGCUUCAACUGUCAGCUCUGUGAUGAAUCACCAUCCCUCACGGAGUCGACUGCUGGCGUUACUGAAGCUCCAGUAGAAUCGGAGACAACUAUCAUCGAGGAGCCAUCCACCAGAGUUCCGCAGAACACAACCCAUUGGCUACCUAGCCCAGAGACAAGCUCUGGAAGCCUAGAGCCUACGCCAGGAACCAAGUCAACAAGCAUGCGACCGCCUCGACCGGAGACUAGCAUAGACGUGGAGCCAACUUUCAUCGAAGGCACCACCGCCUGGCCCGAAACAACUCACACGUCUGCUCAAGGCCCUGUUGUGGAUACUUCAAGCGACGCUCCCGAAGAUUCAACAUCCCUGGGCGAAGAUGCAACAUCGACCACUGAAGACCCCACUUCAACCUCAGAAACCACUACCGCCUCUUCGACCCCAACAGAGACAUGCAAGUAUACGCACGGCGAAAUGUGCAACUUUGAUCGUUUCAACUACCCCAAAGACGUUCUCUGUUCAUGGGGCGACAAGCUCACCAGCAGAAGCUUCUGGCUAGAGACCCGCGAGUCAUAUCCCCACCAAGACCGCGCCGAAGAAUGCAUAGCCAUCUGUCAAGGCCACCCGCUCUGCUUGACCGCUGGAUACUCAAUGUUCGAAAACCGAUGCUACUUCUCAGAGCUCCCCUUACUCAAGGAGAACUUCGUCACCGAGGAGAACGACUACAAGAAGCAGGUUUGGCUGGAUACACGCUGCUACACUGACUGCGAAGCGUGUGUUCCUGACUCUGUUCCGAAGGGUCCUCCCGAUAUGUGUGCCUACACUCUAGGCGAUGAGUGCAAGCCAGUCGCCAACCCUCCUGCUGGCACUCUCUGCAAUUACGAAGCUUAUAUGGGAGGUGGCUGGGUUGAUGGAAAUGAUCCCAACUUGAUCACUGUUUAUACAGAGUAUGCCCAGGCUACGCCUCGCCGAUGUGCUGCUAUCUGUCGAGCUUAUCCCGGAUGUAAGGGGUCAGGAUAUAAGGAUGAUCGAUGCAAGUUUUCGGUUUAUAAGCUUGCUUUGAGCGGUAUGCCUAUACCACUGGAAACUGAUAAGGACCCUUCCAUGAACUCCAUCUGGGAUGAUCCUGCCUGUUGGACAUGCCCUGGCUGUCAGUAA